AUGAAAGAUUAUAAAACAAAUGACAUACAAAAUUUAUUUCAUGAUGACUUUUUAAAAUCAACGAAUGUUUCACAAUUUGCUUUAGCACUUGUACAAGCACUUAGACAUGUUGGACAAUCAACUAAAAUACAACAACAGGAAUCAAAUUUGAAUUAUAAUUUAUUAAAUCCAUUAAGUAAUUCAUCCAAUGGAAUAACAACAGAAAAAAAUAAUGAUCUUCUUUUAAAACAAUUAUUAAAAAGCAUGACUGUACCACAACAACUAAAUGGUAUUGAUCGUUUUCUUUCAUAG